AUGGACCCACUCCAUGCCCAAGCCGUUGGAGAUGCUGUCUUCACGCGACAAAUCAACCUGCACUAUGUGCCAAAAAGUCGGCCCCCUCACCCCACCUUUCUUGCGUUCAAACACAUCAUUCUAAGAAUGGCAUCUAAGCUUCUUUCCUGCCUGAUUAUUGCGGUGUCUUGUCAUCAUGCCAUCGGUCCAUUCACUGCUCCUCCAAUUCCAGUAGAUGUGGUAGACAUCCCUAGGACCAGUAAUCUUCAGCAACCAGAAGUUUUCGACUUUCAACGAUAUGCUCCCUACAAAACGCUACUCGGACAGGACAUGUUCGAAGCCAAGGUCGCGCCCGGUCUACCGCCUGAUGAUGUUUUCCCUCAGGGGACCCGGAAGAACUUUGUGGCAACCCACAUAACCCGUUGGAUGCUAGACCCCAAGACCCAGUGGCCGUACAGCAUUUUAUGCUCCGAAUCCCAAGCACAGUGGGCAUAUAUUGGCGUCGUUUAUAACAGUCUCGUUAAACGAUGGCGAUUAGAUGUGAGAAAUUACUUAAUAAACAACGGCAUCGUGGUUUCAGCAAAAGACAUGAUUAAUGUCAAACGAAUCGAAUGGUUCAUGGCGCGCGCUAACCGGCCGGUCUGGUGGAACGGUGACUUAAUCCGGGCGUUGUAUCGUCGUGAAAACCGUCUGCUGCUUAAUGAAGACGUGUGCCUAGGCCGAGUUGGCGAUAUCCUUGAAUUCGAAACAGAAGAAAGUAGUUUCAAGUUCAAGGCCUCAUUCUCAGACGUCUUCGAGAAGUUCGCACAACUCGACAAGGUUUUUGCUCUACAUCGUCGCAACACCGUUGAGAGAACGGGUGGAGGGGAACGUGACGCUCACCGAGACGGGCAGGCACGGCAGUUUGCCGACGGUCGCCCCGGUGAACCCGUGGACGGAGUUCGCGCUGAUCUUCAACGCCAGCUGGCGGCCGUCGAGUACCGCGCGCUUGAGCGGGUCCGUCUCGAGCUUCAGCUCGGCCCGGGUCUAUUUGAACGCCGACAGCUGAUCCUCGAGCACGAUCGCUAG